AUGGACCCCAUGGACCCCAUAGACCCAUGGAUCCCAUGGGCCCCAUGGAUACAAGCACUCCAUGGACCCAUGGACAAAUGGACCCAAGGACUCGAGGACCCAUGGACACAUGGACACAUGGACCCAAGGACCCCAUGGACCCAUGGACCCAUGGACCCAUGGACUCAUGGACCCGUGAACCCAUGGACCUAUGGACACAAGCACUCCAUGGACCCAAGGACCCCAUGGACCCAUGGACCCAUAGACUCAUGGACCCGUGGACACAAGUACUCCAUGGACCCAAGGACCCCAUUCACUCCAUGGACCCAAGGACCCCAUUCACUCCAUGUACCCUAUGGACCCCAUGGAACCAAGGACCAAGGACCCAUAGACUCCAUGUACCGCAUGGCCGAAUUUUCGCAUCCCAUGGCCUAG